CUGUCAACAUAAUCUAAAAAAUAAAGUGAUAUGGCGAAAUUAAGACGUUAAAUAGGUUAAACAAGAGACAACAAACAACUAAACAAGAUUCCAUACGACCGCUGUAAACAUUACUAACGUAAACCGAGCGCAGUUGUGUCGUAAAGAUGCAACAUGGCGGCUGCAAUGACAGGACGUGGUGCCGCCUUCAUUAGGAAUAUAUCUGGGGGUUUACUUUCGAAGCUACAGGUUGUGGGCGGUGGUCCUCAGCAGCUGUCAUGUCUCCACACCAGCGCCUCCCUGGAGUCAAAGAACUGGGAGAGGAGGAACAAACAGGUGUAUCCACCUCAGCUCACAGACGAGCCCCCCAGACCAGCAGAGGUCCAUCACUGCAGGAGGCAGAUUAAGUACAGCAAAGACAAGAUGUGGUACCUGGCCAAAAUGAUCCGAGGGAUGAGCAUCGAUGAGGCUAUUGCACAGCUGGAGUUCAAUGACAAGAAAGGGGCGAAGAUCAUGAAAGAGGUUCUUCUGGAAGCCCAGGAGAUGGCGGUCAAAAAUCACAAUGUAGAGUAUAAAUCCAACUUAUAUGUAGCUGAGUCCUUCUCCAGCAAAGGGCAGUACCUGAAGCGGAUCCGCUACCACGGCCGCGGGAUGUUGGGCAUCAUGGAUAAGGUUUACUGUCACUACUUUGUCAAGCUGGUGGAGGGCUCGCCGCCCAAAACGGUGGAGAAGACGAGCUUUGACCAGGCCAAAGAGUACGUCCAGAGUCUCAAGAACAGAACCAUCAUCCACAGCCUGUAAACUGUCUGAUAGGAUCAUAUUUCACAUGUACGUUUUAUGGUGUCUGUGUGUCUCAUUUGACAUUUGUAAAUAAAAACAAUGAGUCUGUUGGAACAAAGAACUUAA